UCUCAACCUACAACAAUCCUCCUCUUAUCUCAACUCUACAAUCUACUUCUUCUGCAGUUCCGCCUCCUUUUCUGAAUAUUUGGAUUCAAAAGUCGAUUCAGUUCAAUUAUCAUGCCUAUCUCCUCUGGUAUUACGGUCAAGGAUGAGUGCAUCACUACAUUCCGCGACAAGAUCAAUUCCGUCGGCCCAUCUAGAAAUGUAAAGAAGAUGAAGUGGAUGAUCUUAAAAGUCACCGAUGACCUGAAGGAGAUCGAAAUCGAAUCUGUACAUGACCCUGCCAAGGAUGAUUCCGAUAAAUCUAUAUACGAAGACUUCCGAACUCGCCUUAGUGAGAAGCCCGGACCGAAGGCGGACACCAUUCUCCCCCGAUAUGGCAUCUACAAGGUCGAUUACGAGAUUCCUGGCGACAUAGUGAGAAAGACGGACAAGAUCGUCGGCUUCUCCUGGGUCCCUGCAAGCACACAAAGAGAGUUGAAAGUGGUCUACUCCACUUCGUACGAGGCUUUGAAAAGCGCCCUGGGCAACGUUCAAGUAUCCAUCCAAGCUGAUGAGCCGUCGGAAGUUGAAUUUAAAUAUGUUCUCAAGGAAUGCGAUAGAACUGCAGUAAAUGGGUUCUGAGCAUUUAGUGUUGUUUGAGCCUGCAUUGAGACUUGACGACGAUCAAAAAACAGCUUAAAAUACGCUUUUGUAGAGAUUACCUGGGUGCUCGUGUUGAUAUCGAUGUGGUUUGCUGGUUAACACUACAGGUAGCUCUCUGAUAGACAUUCUUCCGAUGUUGUUGUUCUGCUACCUAAUUGUUUAUUUCCUGGUUCGUAUCCAUAUCCAGCCAAAACGGAGUUUGGAAUAUUGAAACUCGACUGAGUAUA